AUGCAAUCAGAUAACGAGUACAUUUACUAAAAACCAGGUUAACCAAAUAUUAAACAAAAUAAUAACAGUUUAAGAUAUGAUAAUCGAAUCUAAAGUGCAGAACCUGUAUCAAGAAUCACAAAUUAACAAAUGCCAAUCUCAUAUUAACCUCAUUAAGAACUAACAAAAUAUUUAAAAGAAAACCUAUAACUUGUAAAUAAAACUGUGAGAUCAUUUGAAAACUCUAUUUAAUAAUUAUUGACAACCUUUGGAAAUAAUGUGAUUAAUGGUUAAUAAUAAUACUAUUACUAGGUUUUCGAGUAGAUGAGUUUAUAAGAAAGUUUUUCUGCGUUCUGGAACGAAGAUUAAAUAAAUUCUUUGAUCAUUUGGAUUAUACAUUAUUUUAACAGAAAAUUUAGCAUUAAAUUACAAUACCUGAAGAUUAUAAUGUUUCAGAUAUACGUAAUUACAUAAGAAUGAAAGCAAAUUAAAUACCUACAGAUCUUUUAAACCAUUUUUAAUAAAAAUAGAACACUGAUGAAAUAGAUAAAGAAAUUUUGAGAAAAGUCGAUUAAAUUCUAAGAGUUUAUGAAUUAUUUAGAUCUGAUUAAGCCUGGAAUUUUUUAAUUAAUAUAACAAAAUUUAAUUUAGAAUAAUUAUUGGAAAACACUUGUAAUAAUUAACUUUAGGAUAUUCAAUCUAUAGAUGAACUAAUAGAAUCCUAAUUUAUAAUUUCAAUUCAAUUAAUAUAAUCUGCUAUACUAAAAAAUAAUACUAACUUUUUAAACAUAUUUAAUAAAGAAGAUAUACUUAACAAGUAAAAUUUUUAUUUUAUAAAGAUUUCAUUAAAUUAUUAACGAUCUUGAUGAUUAUUAAAUUAAAAUUGAUGAUAUAUAAUAUAUUUGUCAAAUUGUUUGUUAAAGAGAUAGAAGAAUUAUAUAUAAUGACUUUCAUUAAUAAAUUACUUAUAAUUUAAAUGAAUUGGCCCCAGAAUAUUUUUAAAUACUCCCAAAUAAAAAAUCUUAUUAUUAAUUAAAAAAAGAGGAACUUUAGAAUAAAUUAAUAAAUGUUUAAAAAUAAUGGGAAUUAAUUAAAUUAGAUGAAAAUUAUUAUUUAAUUCUAGAAAAUCGAAUAAAUGAAGCAAAUUUAAAUAUAAAUUAAAAUUUUUCUAAUUAAUAAUAGCAUAUAUUUUAACUUUAGAGAUUAGGUACAUUUUUCAAUAGAAUAUAAAAUUUAUAAUCUGAUUAAAUUUCAUUAUAAAAAGAGAUAAAUAAUCAUUUAGAUUAAACUAAAAAAAAUGUACAAAGUAAACUUACUGAUGCUCUUGUUAAAGCAAGACAAUUUUACUCUAAAACAACUCCUGGAAAAAAUCCAUCCAAUCAAAUUAAAACAUUUGUUGAUACUCUAUAUGAAGAGUUAAUUGAUCUUUUAGAGAAAAGUUAAUCAUACCCAAACUAAUUUAAUUCUUCACUUUCACACACUCAAAAAUCCUAAUUUGGAAACAAUUCAAAUGGCUCUUCUUUUCAGAAAUCUGCAAAUUUAGAAAAAAGUUUACGAAAUUCUUCACUUAAUCGACCCUUUUCUAACAUUUAAUAUAAUGGUUUGAUUAAUCCAUAGGCAAAAUUAGAUAAUAUGAUUAAUUGGUAACUUGAAUAAGGAUAAAAUCAAGAUAAAAAGCAAAAAUUAAAUAGAGAAGUUUAUGCUCAACCAAAAACAGAUUAUUAUAAUGAUUCAUUUUAAGGAAAAAUAAAAAAUCCUCAAUAUCAAAAGUUAAAUUUAAAUUAAACAUCAUACAAUAAAUCUAAUUCAUUAAAUGAUAAAGAUUAUGAUCUAAUAAAAACUCAAAAAAAAGAAUUUGAUAACUCAAAAGCAUUUAAUCCAAAUUAAUCAAUUAAAUCAGAGACAAAAUAUUAAUAAAAUUUGUUAAAUUAAAAUAAUGAUAAUAGAAACAAAAUUAAUUAAGUUUAAUAAUAUGAUAAAAAAUAUCCUGAUAAUUUAUAAAAAUAAGAAUACUCAAAUAGUCUCUAAAAAUAACAAAUUUAAUCAUUAGAUAAAAAAAGAGAAACCGAACCACCAAAAAUAACUGAAAUAAAAAAAGAAUAACCUUUAAAACAAGAACCAUCAAAGAAACAAGACUUUCCAAAAGAAUAACCAAAAUAACCAGAGCAGUCUAAGAAAUUUGAACCACCGAAAGAAUAACAAAAAUAACCUGAACCUCCAAAGAAACCAGAACCACCAAAAGAUUAGCCAAAAUAGCCUGAACCUCCAAAGAAACCUGAACCCCCUAAAGAGUAGCCAAAAUAACCUGAACCUCCAAAGAAACCUGAACCACCAAAAGAGUAGCCAAAAUAGCCAGAGCCUCCUAAAAAGCCUGAACCCCCAAAAGAAUAGCCAAAAUAACCUGAACCUCCAAAGAAACCUGAACCACCAAAAGAGUAGCCAAAAUAGCCAGAGCCUCCUAAAAAGCCUGAACCCCCAAAAGAGUAGCCAAAAUAACCUGAACCUCCAAAGAAACCUGAACCACCAAAAGAGUAGCCAAAAUAGCCAGAGCCUCCUAAAAAGCCUGAACCCCCAAAAGAAUAACCCAAAUAACCAGAGCCUCCUAAAAAGCCAGAACCUCCAAAAGAAUAACCAAAAUAACCAGAACCUCCAAAGAAACCUGAACCUCCUAAAGAAUAACCAAAAUAGCCAGAACCUCCUAAAAAGCCUGAACCCCCUAAAGAGUAGCCAAAAUAACCUGAACCUCCAAAGAAACCUGAACCACCAAAAGAGUAGCCAAAAUAGCCAGAGCCUCCUAAAAAGCCUGAACCCCCAAAAGAAUAACCCAAAUAACCAGAGCCUCCUAAAAAGCCAGAACCUCCAAAAGAAUAACCAAAAUAACCAGAACCUCCAAAGAAACCUGAACCUCCUAAAGAAUAACCAAAAUAGCCAGAACCUCCUAAAAAGCCUGAACCCCCUAAAGAGUAGCCAAAAUAACCUGAACCUCCAAAGAAACCUGAACCACCAAAAGAGUAGCCAAAAUAGCCAGAGCCUCCUAAAAAGCCUGAACCCCCAAAAGAAUAACCCAAAUAACCAGAGCCUCCUAAAAAGCCAGAACCUCCAAAAGAAUAACCAAAAUAACCAGAACCUCCAAAGAAACCUGAACCUCCUAAAGAAUAACCAAAAUAGCCAGAACCUCCUAAAAAGCCUGAACCCCCUAAAGAGUAGCCAAAAUAACCUGAACCUCCAAAGAAACCUGAACCACCAAAAGAGUAGCCAAAAUAGCCAGAGCCUCCUAAAAAGCCUGAACCCCCAAAAGAAUAACCCAAAUAACCAGAGCCUCCUAAAAAGCCAGAACCUCCAAAAGAAUAACCAAAAUAACCAGAACCUCCAAAGAAACCUGAACCUCCUAAAGAAUAACCAAAAUAGCCAGAACCUCCUAAAAAGCCUGAACCCCCUAAAGAGUAGCCAAAAUAACCUGAACCUCCAAAGAAACCUGAACCACCAAAAGAGUAGCCAAAAUAGCCAGAGCCUCCUAAAAAGCCUGAACCUCCAAAAGAAUAACCCAAAUAACCAGAGCCUCCUAAAUAACCUGAACCACCUAAAGAGUAGCCAAAAUAACCUGAGCCUCCAAAGAAACCUGAACCGCCUAAAGAGUAGCCAAAAUAACCAGAGCCUCCUAAAUAACCUGAACCACCUAAAGAAUAACCAAAAUAACCGGAGCCGUAAAAAUAACCAGAACCCCCAAAGGAAUAACCCAAAUAACCAGAACCCCCAAAGGAAUAACCCAAAUAACCAGAACCCCCAAAGGAAUAACCAAAAUAACCAGAGCCUCCUAAAUAACCAGAACCCGCAAAGGAAUAACCUAAAUAACCGGAGCCUCCAAAAUAACCAGAACCCCCAAAGGAAUAACCAAAAUAACCAGAGCCUCCAAAAUAACCAGAACCCCCAAAGGAAUAACCUAAAUAACCGGAGCCUCCCAAAUAACCAGAACCCCCAAAGGAAUAACCAAAAUAACCAGAGCCUCCAAAAUAACCAGAACCCCCAAAGGAAUAACCUAAAUAACCGGAGCCUCCAAAAUAACCAGAACCCCCAAAGGAAUAACCAAAAUAACCAGAGCCUCCAAAAUAACCAGAACCCCCAAAGGAAUAACCUAAAUAACCGGAGCCUCCAAAAUAACCAGAACCCCCAAAGGAAUAACCAAAAUAACCAGAGCCUCCAAAAUAACCAGAACCCCCAAAGGAAUAACCUAAAUAACCGGAGCCUCCAAAAUAACCAGAACCCCCAAAGGAAUAACCAAAAUAACCAGAGCCUCCAAAAUAACCAGAACCCCCAAAGGAAUAACCUAAAUAACCGGAGCCUCCAAAAUAACCAGAACCCCCAAAGGAAUAACCAAAAUAACCAGAGCCUCCAAAAUAACCAGAACCCCCAAAGGAAUAACCUAAAUAACCGGAGCCUCCAAAAUAACCAGAACCCCCAAAGGAAUAACCAAAAUAACCAGAGCCUCCUAAAUAACCAGAACCCCCAAAGGAAUAACCUAAAUAACCAGAGCCUCCUAAAUAACCUGAACCUCCAAAAGAAUAACCCAAAUAACCAGAACCCGCAAAGGAAUAACCCAAAUAACCAGAACCCCCAAAGGAAUAACCAAAAUAACCAGAGCCUCCAAAAUAACCAGAACCCCCAAAGGAAUAACCUAAAUAACCGGAGCCUCCAAAAUAACCAGAACCCCCAAAGGAAUAACCAAAAUAACCAGAGCCUCCUAAAUAACCAGAACCCCCAAAGGAAUAACCUAAAUAACCAGAGCCUCCUAAAUAGCCUGAACCCCCAAAAGAAUAACCAAAAUAACCAGAAUAAUUCAAAGCAUAGAUUAAUGAAGACUAAUAGAAACCUGAUAUGAUGAAUAAACCAGAAUAAAAUAACUAACAAAUAAAAAAACCUGAUAGCUAAUUAGAAAAAUUAUAAAAUUAAUAAUAAGGUCAAAGCGCAAAGUAGCAAGUAUAUAUCUUUUUUUAUCUAGCACUUUGACGAGUAUGAUAUUAAUUUAGAGGAUAUUGAAGAUGAGGAUGAUGAUGGUAUUGAUUUUAUGACAAGUUAUGUACCAUCAAACAAAAAUAAAUAGACUUAAUAAAAAUAGAAUGAACCUGAGAAUAAAAUAAAUUAGAUGAAAUAGCCCGAGUUAUCGGAAGGUGAUGGCGCAGAAAUUUAAAUUAAAAAAUUAAUAACUGAAAAAACAUUACCUUGGAUUAAUAAGUUUACUAAAAGUUACAAAUAUGGAGCUUAGUUUUAAGUAAAAGAUUUAAUUUACGAAUUUAAUUCAUUUGAUCAUUUAAUAUAGCUAUUUUAAACAUUCAUACUUUAGGAUGAAUUAUAUUUUUUUGAUUUUGAAGAGACUGAUUUGAUUUUAGAGAUUUUUGAGAAAAUUUUAGCUGAAGAAGACCCACAAAAUGAGUUAGAGCAGUUUUAAGCAAUUACUUUAUAAAACUUUUAGAAUAGAACAUAAAAAUAAAACUUUAGUGAAAAUUAGAAACUUUAUUAUCUGUUUGAUAAGACAGAUAUGUUUCCUUUUGAUUUUUAUUUAAUAGAAAAAGAUCCUUCUUAACAUCUUUUAAGACUCUAUUUUGAAGAUGAGCCAUCUGAGGAAUCAAUGGGGGAAUAAUUUUAAAAUUUUUUGAGUGUGUUUUAAUAGAUUUUUGAAUGUGAAGAAUAUGAAUUAGAUUAAAUUGUUCUCUAACCUAAAGCAUGCUAAACUUUAAAAAGCCUUAAAAAGAAAGAUAAUAAAUAUUUAAAAGCCUUACUCACAUUAUUUUCUCAAUUAUACGAAUAAGAAGGUUCAGAAAAUAUAAAUUUUGAUGAAGAAACCAUAGCUAGAUUGGUUUGGGUUUUACAUUAAAGCAAUGAAUUUUUUACAAUGUUUGAAGAAUAGGAAGAAGAAAUAAAAGAACUAUUUUUAGAUAUAUUAAAGUAGGGAUAGUAACAAGAUCCAUCAGUUGAAUUUGUUAUAAUGGAGUAACCUUUUAAUGAAGAAGGCUUAGAGAAUAUAUAACAAGUAAUUUACAUUAUUUUUAUAAUAGGAAAUUCAAAUGGUAUAUUAGGAAUUUUUGUAGAACAAAUAAAUAACUCAAAAUUUAAUCUCUGUAAAUGUAUUACUAGAGGAAUAACAAAUAAAAAUUAGUUUAUACUGUCAUCUUUAAAGAAUUAAUAAUAAAAAUAUAUUAAAGGUAAAGUUUAUAAUUAUAUUAGAUUUUUACUUUGAAUCAUUAUUCUGAGAUAGGAGCUUAAAUUAUAGAAUUAUUAAAUGCAGAUGAUCUUUUUGAACAACAUAUCUAUAGUGAAUUCCCUAGACAUAAUAUCUUCCAUGAAUGCACUGAAAUCACUUUAGGAGCUUGGUAUUUCAUGUAGACUCAAAGUAAAUUGUAACCUGAGGAAGCAAUGGCAAAUUUAUUAUUCUCAUUAAUUCCAUACAACCUCAUAAUGACAUAGGAAGAAUGAA